GGCUGUGUUCCCGGUUAUGUAACGGGCGGAGUUUGGGGUCUGGAUAGAUAUUUAUGUUAAGAGCACUCGUCUCGAGUUUUUGUCAAAGUCAGCUGAAGCUUGGUCACUCCGUUUGAAUACCGCGGUCCUUCGCAUUUUUGACUUUUUGCACACCACUCUCAAAGAUCUACAAGUCAACUUUGUAUAUCAUGGCGGUCUCAUACCCCCAAAUCGUGCUCUUUGGCGAUUCCCUGUUUCAGGGUGCCGCAAGUCUUGAGGAUGGUUUCUGUUUCCAAGCCGCCGUUCAACAGCAGGUUCUUCGCCGAUUUGACAUUGUUAACCGUGGUCUCUCCGGUUACAACACCUCCAAUGCCCUGAAGCUCUUGCCCCAGAUCUUCUCUCCGCCGGGUCCAGGCGUGCCCAAGCUUGCCUACCUUUUCGUCCUUUUGGGUGCAAACGACGCCGCCCUUCCCCAGCCUGUCAAUAACCAGCACGUCCCUCUAGACAAGUACAAGCAGAACCUCGUCUCUAUCAUCACCCACUCCAACAUCACCGCCCACAACCCCAAGAUCUUUCUCAUCACACCACCACCCCUGGACGAGCUGAAGGCAUCCGAGGUCGAACCCGGCGUCCGCAAGCACCGCGUCAGCGCCUCUUACUCCGAGGCGGUCCGCCAAGUGGCCGCUGAACACUCGGUCGGCUUGAUCGAUCUCUAUAAGGCUGUCAUGGACUACGCCAUCUCCAAGACGCCCGGGUUUGACAGGUCCAAGGGUAAUCUGGGUGAUCCCGAGACGGGAGAAAGGGGCCACCUGAAGAACUUGCUGCCCGAUGGGUUGCAUUUGAGCUCAGAGGCAUACAAGUUGUUGUACGAAGCCGUGAAGCCGCAUCUGGGUAAGGAGUGGGAGGGGACGGACGCUGCGCAGAGGGUUGGCUAUGUGUUGCCGGACUGGAAGGUGGCGCCUUGGUUGGAGGAGGAUGUGUUGAAGCCUUGAACUUGUACUAGCUAAAUAUCAUAUGUGGUCGUUGGCGAAGAAAUAGUGCUACUAGAUUCUGCGGGUCAAAGUUCAGAGCAGUCCGAUCCCAUUCCAAAUUGCAAAGUUGAUAUCAUUUAAAGAAUC